AUGCACCACGACGAGAACGACGAGGAGGAGACUUCAUCCCCCUCAUCAACCACAGCCGACAUGAUGCAAUCGCAAACGCCUACAACGGAAAUCGGUAUUGGCAUUUACUUUUUACUCCUGUUCGCCUAACUUUCGUCAAAGGCCCGCAAAACAAACCUAUAGAUGAUGAAUGUCCUCGGAGCGAGCAUAUGGCUGAAAAAAGAGACAAUUCCACAUUAUUCAAUUUGUUAGUCGGAUAAGUAAGCAGAUGAACCGAAGUAAAGCUCAAGGAAUAUAUGUCCAAAUGGAGUAAAGAACGUGAGCUUCUUCGAGGACAGCAUUAACAUGUCUUGCCUUCUAGCGCUAAAUGCUUUCACACAGUAGAAGCAAAUACGUUCACAUGUUGAUGCUGAUCAGUACUGAUUUUAUAAGUCUAUUAGCAUAAUCCAGCAGUUGUGUUCCUUACCGUGCCCGCCAUUUCAGCAUCACUCUUAGACCAUCUGUUGGCCGCUCCACACACAAACACAAAGACUGGGCUGACUGGGAGUUCCAAGUUAUACCGUCAGUCGACAACAGUCCAAGCCACGGCUUUUAGCACACCGUGAUAGAUUCCCAUGCGUGAGUGUGGCAUACGUGACGUUAAGAAGGAGGCUGUAGUGGUCAAGGACGUGAGAUCAACUGAAACCACUCCGUCUAGCGACAGAAGCCAGAAAGUUGUGAGAACGGGUUUAUUCUGUACAGAGGACAGGUCGCCGUAAGAUGGCUGUAUGCUUGUGGCAGAGAUAAGCGUUCGUUCUGGAGAGCGUCAGUUGCGGAGCCUUCAGUGUGUCGCUACGACCAAAAAAGUGUUGUGUGUCCUUCUUGCCUAUGUCCUGUCUGUUUAAACUUACGUCCGCAAGGGCGGCGUCCUGUGUGUGCACUUGUAACCAAUCAGCGAUAGAAAGGUGCGGGGACUGGCUCCGAGUCCACGCGAAGUUAGUGGCAAAUUAUCGACCAGGAGUGUGGCGUGUACGGGAGUGCAAACCCAGAGUUAGCGAGUGCAGCCGUGGUCCGUAAACAGUAGAACAAGGGGACAGAGAAAAGGCUGUUACAAGCCGUUUCCGCCUGGCUCGCAAACCAGCAGUUCGAACUUAACAAAUGUACUCACAACUGGGCAGUCUACGUGCACUGACUUGGGGAGACAGCCAGCAUCCUUUCAAGCCACGUCGCCUGACACGUGGUUCGAACGUGAGGAAUGUGUAAGUAGUAGUCUGAACGGGUGCCGGCGCAGCGGAAGUUGAAGCGAUGGACGGAGGCUGUCGAGGAGGAGGAGGAGGAGGAGGAGGGGGCGGAUAAGGAGGAGGAGGUAGAGAGGAAUUUUUGUAUUGGUGGUUCAGGAGCGAACGCGCUAUCUGAUGUGGAUCGUUCGAAACAGCCGAAUUUCUGCAUGAUUUUUCCGUAGUCCUUUGUGUUUUACCGUGACGAAGGCAUAUGUCAGAGCCACGGAAGUGAGUCGGCAUCUUCUCACACUUCUCCCGCAUUUGGCGGGCUACGAAUAUGAUGUCGGUGGUUUCCCGAUGACGGCGGUAGCCGCACUGGCUUUCCGGCAGGAGACCCUGUUCCAGAUGUUUGUUCAGACCGCUGAGAAGAAUGCGAGCUGAAAUCGUUCCGGCGAUGUCAGGCAGGAAUAUUUCUCGGUGAUUGUCGCAGAUCCCAUGAGUGUCAUUCCGCUCCAGGAAAUGUUCGCCGUCUCACAUAUUCUGCACAUCCUCCUGACCUCCAGUCAGUCCCCAACGCGGCCCUCUGUCGCAUGACACUUUCUUCACCCGACCGAUGUCUGCCUUUCAACGCUGAUAGCAUUCAUACCAUAUCACAGAGCCAAUGCCAUUAAUGAUUUGAUCAUUAGGCCAGCAAAUGCCUUAGUAAAAGCCCUCUUGUCCAUUUCAGGUCUGUCCGAUGACGACCAGGAGACCUCAUCCCCCUCCUCAACCACAUCCGACAUGAUGCAAUCGCAAACGUCCACAACGGAAACCGGUAUUCGCACUGUCUCUUUACCCCUGUUUGCCUGCAUUUAGCCAAAGACUGAAGAUGUAGACGGACGCGUAAAACGAAUACUGCGUGUCACGUAGGCCAGCAAUAUAUUGUAUGACGAGACCAGUGGGCAUAUGAGGUAGUUAGUCGGUGCAACAGCAUAAGUAUGGAGUGUGUUGAUGACGAAAUGCUUACACUAGAAAACCGUUUUUAGUCUGCUUUAGCACUAUUCUCAACUUGGCAGAAAUUUACGCUGUUCUGUCAUGUCCCUGGCCAGUUCAUGCGAAUCAAUUAUGCUACCUGUCUUCAAAUGAGUAUUGCAAGACACUUCAGGCCACCACAAUUGCUUCCUCCUAAUCUCCUCAUCAAAUAGACCAUCACAUAUCCCGGUAAAAGCCUUCCUGUCCGUUUCAGAUCUGCACCACGACGAAAACGACGAGGAGGAGACCUCCUCCCCCUCAUCAACCACAGCCGACAUGAUGCAAUCGCAAACGCCCACUGCGGAAACCGGUAUUCGCACUGUAUCCUUACCCCUGUUCGUCUGCAUUACUUCAAAGGUCCGCACAACAGACCUAUAG